AUGGCAUCCGCGAACCACCCUUCCAGUGGAGUCCUGCCCGCUCGUAAGUAUCGGGCGGUUUUCCUUCGCUGGUUUCUUCUCGUGGUCCUACAGGGCAGCUGCUUCUGUGUCCUAGGCAACGAGAGUUCGGACACUUCUGAUGUCGAGACGUGCGAUACCGGGGGUGCUCAAAUCACUUUGAUAGCGGAGAAGCCUGGGGAACUCAAAUUCAAGUGUGGUCAGAGGUUUCCCACCUUGGUUCCUACCCUCAAGCCGUCUCCAAUGGUCUGCGAUUCUGCGGAAUGUGGCUCGCUUGAGGAUCUUGACAAAGCUUCACCGGGUGCUCAGCUGGUCCAUGUCGACAAUGCCAAUAAUACGUAUAAGCUCACGACCAAAAAGUGGGCAGAAUACAGCAGAUUUAUUUAUCUCCAGUGCAGGGCACAAACGCCAGCAGUUCAAGGCUUGGAGGCCAAAGCGGCCCUUGCUAAGCAAACUGCAGAGGGUAUAACAGGCGGUGAAAAGUGCGUGGUCCGCAUUGUCCUCAGGGCGCAGGCGGAAUCUGACUCGGAACCCCUUCCGUCAAAUCAAUGCAGCACGCCAACUGGUCAGGUUUUCUUUAGCAUCGGAUAUCAUGGUGCCUCUGCAACAUUCACCUGCGGCAAAAAUAUGACUCUGUCCCCCGAGUCGCAAACGGCCGUAUACCGGACAGCAGAUUGCACGGGGCCGACGCCAAUUACGGAUCUCCUCCCGCAAGCCAGCUUAAAGAAACAAACAACGGGGUCUGGCUCUUCAGAGAAUCCAUCGUACACCUUGACAGUUCCUGAACUGCCUCAAAAUCCGGUUGAUCAGCUGUGUUUCAAGUGCGUGGGGAAAAACAGUUCCGCAGACGUGUGCAAAGUGCUAAUUGCCGUUGAGCCGUUAUCAGAGAUGGACGUGCCGCCGUCUACAAACGCAGAUGGAACAGAGGGCGACAAAGCCACGAGUGGGGCGACGGCCCACGGCGUCCUUCACGCCUUGCUAAUUUGGACUCUCGGUGUCGCAGCAGCCCGACUUUCGUAA